AUGACAGUCAAGAGGCAAAAAAAGCCAAGAAAACCACUCAUUAUCAAUGCCUUCGACAUGGCAACCCCAGGUUUGCAAAGUCCUGGUUUGUGGAAACAUCCAAAGGAUAGAUCACGUGACUAUAAUACAAUCGAAUACUGGGUCCAUUUAGCCAAAUUAUUAGAAAAGGGUAAAUUUAAUGCUUUAUUCAUUGCUGAUGUAUUGGGACCCUAUGACGUUUACAACGGUCCAAGAAACUUGACAGCCGCAGCAAAAGCAGGAGCUCAAUGGCCAAUUAACGAGCCUACAGCUGUGGUUUCUGCAAUGGCUGCAGCUACCAAGAAUUUGUCAUUUGCCGUUACUUCAAGUACUAUUAGUGAAGCGCCAUAUCAUUUUGCAAGAAGGUUAGCUACUUUAGACCAUUUGACAAGAGGAAGAGUUGGUUGGAAUAUUGUUUCUUCGUAUUUGGAUACUGCUAGCAGAAAUCUUUUGAAUGGAGAGCCAUUGCCUCCACACGAUGAAAGGUAUGACAAGGCACAGGAAUACUUGGAAGUAAUUUACCAGUUGUUUUUGUCUUCUUGGGCCGAUGACGCGGUAAAAUUGGAUACUGAAAAGGGAAUUUUUGCCGAUCCUGAAAGAAUUCGCGAGAUAAACUACAAUGGGAAAUACUUUAAAGUUCCAGGUCCCUUUAUUUCUGAACCUAACCCGUAUCAGAGAAUACCUGUUAUUUUGCAAGCUGGUUCAAGCUCCAAAGGUUUGGAGUAUGCAGCAAAAAAUGCCGAAGCCGUGUUUCUUAGUGGUCCGACUCUUGGUGGUUUGAAAUCCCAAAUUGAGAAAUUGAACGCAUUAAUCAAAAAAUUUGGAAGAAAUCCAGAUGAUGUAAAGAAAGUGAAGUUGGCAACGGUGAUAGUAGCGCCCACACACGACGAAGCUAUUGAGAAAUUCCACGAGUAUAAAAAGUAUGCUGAUACUGAGGGUGCACAAGCACUAUUUGGUGGUUGGACAGGUAUAGAUUUAGGUGACUAUGACUGGGAUCAGGAAUUAGAUCAAGUUGAAAGCAAUGCGGUAAGGAGUAUGGCAGAAAUGUGGACAAAGCCGUUCCCGGGAGAUCCGCCGGAUUUGAAAAAAACUAGACAAUACAUUGCCGAAAAAGUUUCAGUUGGUGGUAGUGGUGUUUUAUUUGUUGGUUCACCUACUGAAAUUGCCGACGAAAUUGAAAAUUGGGUUGAUGCAACUGGUGUUGAUGGGUUUAACUUCACAUAUGCAAUAACACCGGGAACGUUUGAAGAUAUUGUUGAAUUAUUGAUUCCAGAAUUGCAAAGAAGAGGUUUAGUAUGGGACGACUACCCAAAGGAAGAAUUGACUUUUAGAGAAAACUUAUAUGGUAUUGAAGGAGAAGAACCAACUUAUUUAAAGCCUGAUCAUCCGGCUUAUAAUCUCAGAUGGAGAAAUGAAGAAUCUAAACAAGAGUUUGAAGAGAAACUAAGUAAAGCCUUGAAGGAACGAUUUGGUAAAUAA